AUGCUCUCCCUGGCCACGUACUUCGUUGGCGUUUACCGGGCUGGUGCUGUUUCUGGUCCAUAUGUCUGUGCCCUUCUUGACCCCAGCACAGGUGGUUUAACUCCCAGCUCCUUCAGGUUCUAUUCAUACUAUAUUGCGACGAGAUACCUUGUGAACGGGUUCCUGGUGAGCAUUUUCGCAGGAUUGGGAUACGGCUCCUUCAUCGGCAGGGCAUCGCUCGAAUUCGCCCCGAUCGGCUCGAGCACGCCCGGCAUCUGGCAGUCCCCGCUCUUCACGCUCGUCGCGGCCGCGGCCAUCUGGUCGUCCUUCGUCACGCUGCGCUGCGUGCGCGUGCCCAUGGACGACGGCGGCGCGGUCGGGUGCGUGUUCCACAGCGUGCGGCCCAAUGCGUGGGCGCGCGACGCUUACCUUGGCGGCGGCGGUGGCGGUGGCGGUGGUGCGGGGAAUACACCGCGCGGCGUCGUGUUCCUGAACGCCGGCCCGCGCGGGCUGCUCGCGCUGGGCCUGUUCUGCGUGUGCUUUCUAGUGUUCGUGGCAUGCGGGGACCAGCUCUACUGGGUCGUUUUCUACGCCCUGGGUGUCAAAGCUUCGAUGAACGGUGCUUUUUAUCUAAUCAACACUUGCGAGACGAUUCCGCGAUCGGCGAACGAGGAUGAUUUUCCGGAGGCUGAGGUCUGA